AUGCCUGCGGGCCGCGGCCGCCCGCCGCGGCCCGAGCGCGUUGCGCCGGUGUUCCUGGCGCUGCCCGCGCCCACGCCGCAGCUCCGCCCGCCGCCGGGCCUCGGCGGGUGGCGCGCGCUCCGUGCGGCGAUCCUGACAGGCCUCUUCCACACGGCAGAGACGGAUCCAGCACCUCUCGUCGUGAUUCUUUGGAACGACGAGAGGCGCCGCGGGGCCGCCGCGCUCGCCGCCCCAGCGGUCGAGGCGCCCGUCGGGCCGCUGCGGCCGGUGCCCGCGGCCGCGGCCGGGGGCGUGGAGGGGCUGCACCUGGCGGAGCAGCAGCGGGCCGCGGGCGGCGUGCUUGCCGCCCGUUCCUGCAGCUGCGCGGGGUGCUCACGGACGAGCAGAGCCCGUGGAGGCGCGCCUGCAGCCCUUCGUGCGGGAGCGCUACGGCUGCCCGGGAUGUGUGCCCUGCUAUGUGCUGGUGAGGAGGUACAAGCCUGGCCCGGGGCAGCGGCAGAAUUUGGAGGUGCAUAUGGACAACACCUCCCAUGUCACCGUGACCUUCCCGCUGAACGUCGGCGACUACCUCGGCGGCCUCUACGCGCAGCGAGAGGUUGGCAGCGAUCCGCACGUGCGGAUCAGGCGGGGCCCCCCACUGCGGAGGGGCCGCGUGGCCGAGCUACAGAAGAAGGGCCUCUGGCCCCACCCUCUGCGGGAGAACCUGGAGUCUGCGCUGUCGCCUGGCGACGCCCUGCUGCACCAGACCUGCUCCACGGGGUCAAGGUGUUCGGCGAUGGGAGCCGCUACUCGAUGAUAGUCUGGUUUGCAGAGACAGCGCAGGAGUGCGCGGAUUCUGCGCCAGAGGACUAUGACGAGGACAACGUCUAUUGA